AUGAAGCACGGCAUCAACAAAGCCUUAUUGGGUGCAAGCGUGAUCAACGCGGGGUUCCUGCUUCAAAGCGUUUUGUUCCGUAAGUUGAUGGAUAUAGUCUUGGAUCAAAUCUCGCUUGUUGAGCAAUGUCCCCGAAAUCAUCACGAUUUAGUCUCUCAGCUUUCUGAGAAUCAGCAUCACACCAUCCCUAAGGCGAUUGACCUGCCUUUUGAUGGUACUCAUUCCUCUGUUAUAAAUCAAGGUGUUUCUGACCCGAAUGCCUCGAUAGAAUAUGAAAGUUCGGGUUGCCGAAAUUCACCAUCUGCCCUUACGACUAUCUGCUACGCUAAGAUGAUGGAUUGGCUCAGCCAUUGUUACUAUUGUGAGGAACAAUUCUCAACGAGAUGGUUUCAACCUAGGAACCGACGUAAGACUAGGAUGCAGAUUACAAUCAUCCGACUUUACCUAAAGCCUGAGCGAUCGGAAGAUAGGCAAUCUGUUUCUAUUGCCCAAGAAAGCACGUUCCCUGCCUAUUUGCUCCUAAGGUUUAAUACUAAAAACUACUAA